AUGAAAGCAAGAGUCUUUUCUAAGUAUGAAGCUAAGCAAGAAGAACUUGCAGCAAUUGAAAGAGAUCCUAGUCUGAAAGGAAAAACUAGGAAGGAGAUGGGUUUAUUGGAGUUCACCGGUACCCAGAUUAGGUCUAACAUCUGUGGUAUCAAUCUCACUUUCUCUCCAAUUCACUUUAAUGCCUUGCUGGGUUUGAAUAACUCUAGGUUAGUACUGGAUGAUUUUGAGAAGGAUACAAGAUUCAGAGAAGAACUUUUGCACAGGAUGUGCAUUGAUAUGAAGCUGAAGGGAAAGGUUAAAGGUCUGACAGAAGAAUGUAGGGUUCUUUUCAAGAUUAUUUUAUCAACUAUCAGUCCAAGAGUUGGUGGUACUGAUACUAUCUCCUGGCCCCAUCGCCAUCUGAUAUACUUCCUUCUGACUGAGAGGAAAGUCAAUCUGGGUAAAUAUUUCUUUGAGAGGAUUUGUGAAGCCAUCUUCUUGAGCAAGUCUCAGUGGAAAACAACCAUUGUUUAUCCUAGACUGCUUUCAGAUCUUCUCUUCCAAGGUCACAUCAUUCAGAAUCUGAAGAAGUUCUACCCAGAACUUGUGACUCAGAAGUUCUCUCCAGAAGUUCUGAAUGCAAGCUUUCUGACAAAGAUGCAUCUCAUCAACACCAAGCUGGUUCAACCUAAACAAGAGUUUAAAGUUAGUCUUGAAGACAGGCUGUAUGUGAAUGGUUAUCCCAUUAUUUCUGAACUAGAUGCUGAAGAAGUUAUUCAAGAUUAUCUGAAGGUUCUUCAAGGUGAAGGUUAUACUGUUGAUAGGAGUAUGGUUCCAAAGGCUCCAGUAAACAUGUAUAGACCUAAGAGGAAACUCAAGCGAAAAGCUGACACUCAGGAUGAACAAAUCAAACCAGAUCUUCUUGCUCAGAAGAAAGUUAAGGUGGAGAAAACUCUUGAUGAGCAAAGAACUAAGAAAAAGCAUAAAGCUGCUGCUGGUAAAUCUGCUGAAGCAUCGUCCAAAAUGCCAAUUAAUCUUGAUGAGGAGGAGAGUGAUUCAGAUGAGACUCAAUCUGAUGACGAAACUGAAUCUGAUGAAGAAACUCUUGGUGCCAGGCUGCGUAAGAGACAAGUUCCUGAUCCUAAAGAAGCAGAUGUUGUUAUCAUUGACAAUCCUGCUAAUGAAUCACCAAAACACUCUCCCAUUCCCAAUAUCUCACCUUCACCCUCUGACCUAUUUGGUAACCUCUCCAAUCAGCUUUAUGAUGAUCUACUUAGGUUGUCAAAUAUUAAAGACAGGUUCUUGGUUUGUCCCUUUGAUGUGGAUAUGGAGGUAUCACUUCUCAAGGCCAAAAUCUGCAAUGUUGUGGAUGCAGUUGGUGAGGAGAUAAAGUCUGUUAUUGGUAAACGAGAUAUGGACGUGGUUCAUCUGAUGAAGGAAAGUUUAGCACGAGCUGGUUUGAAACGGUUAACUAUGUACAGUCAUGAAGAGAAUGAGCGUGCUAAGUUUGCUGUUGUGUCUGCUGCUGUGAUGCGUCUGACUGCCUUUAAGGAUUGCUGGGUUGAUUCCAAACUUUUCAAGAGCCUUGAAGAUCAGAGGAUUGAAAAUGAACGAUUGGCUGAAGCUGCUGCAAGGAUUGCCCAACAAGCUGAUGAGCUGAACCAAGAGGAUGCUCCGGAUGCUGAUGUUCUUAUGAUUGAUUAUCAAGAGGAUGGUGAACCCUCCUCUGAUAAAGGAAAAGCUCCUAUGGAUUCAGAUCAGCUAAGGGUUCUUCAGGAUGCAUUGAGGCAACAACAAGAAGCUCUUGAGAGGCACCGAUCAAAUCAUCAGAUUCUAGAGUCCAAGGUGGAUAAGCUUGACUCCAAAGUGGACUCCUUGAACGACAAAUUUGACAUCCUCUUAGCUUUUCUUCAAAAACCCUAG